CUUUCAUUUAAUAGUCAUAGGUCAUGUCAUAAGUGUUAGAAUAAUAUUUUGUUUUUUUUAAUUGUGUGUAAAAGGAUGAUGUCUAGUCAUAUUAACAAUCUCUUGAGGCAGGCUGUGACAACGUUUGGUAGUGUUAAAGAAGUGAUACCUCAGAAUGUGGAGGCCCUUAAGUACUUGCUGGAUAGAACCUCACCAUCAGAUAUAGGCUUCAAAGACCAUGUCUUGCUGAAGCCAGAUAUCUGGAGAAAAACGGGCAAAGCUCCUAUAACAUAUGUAGAUAUAUAUGAGGAUGAUAUUCUAACAAUUGGUGUGUUUGUGAUCAGUCCAAAUAUGAAGUUGCCCUUGCACAAUCAUCCCUGCAUGCAUGGUUUAAUCAAAGUCAUUGGGGGCACAGUUAAAAUCAACAGUUACACAGUAACAGAAGAGAAUGGGAAAUCAGUUGUGGCACAUAUACAUAAUCCUCUUAUUGUCAGUAAUGCAGAUUCUAGUUGCAUUCUGGGACCGCUGAGAGAGAAUUUACAUGAGAUUGAGAGUGUUAAUGGACCAGCAGCAUUUUUGGACAUUCUUGCACCACCGUAUGAUACUCAAAUCCCGAAUGGCGGAACUCGUAAAUGCACGUACUUUGCACCUGUGAAAUUCUUGGCAGAAGACAGCAUCUUGCUUAAAAAAAUUAAAUGUCCUUCCUGGUUCACCACAGAUUGUUAUCCAUAUGAAGGACCUCGAAUUUUAGAUAGCAUCUUCUUCAGAGAGGACAACAACAUUUGAAUUAUUGAAUAGGAUAUUAUUAUUAUUAUUUUUAACAAAAAUUAAUUAUAUUGAGACAAAAAAUGUGAGUGCAAUUUGCAACUAGACGAAUUUCUUUAUAAAAAGAAA